GUGAUUCAGUAACGUGUAACUAGCGGGAUUGCGAUCGAGAGAACGCUGGACUUGUGCCCAGCACGCUCCAACCGGGCUGCUGUUCGGACAAGGACGGGCCGAUCGGCCCGCGAGCCGGCCAGACGGAGACGCGAUCACGAUAAGAAGAUGUAGCACGAGUACCCUCUUCGGGUACUAGAAUGGAAAAAGGAGGAAGACUAGGUGGAACGAGGGAGCCGCGAUCCUCUCCUCCUCCCCUUCGCCGCCCCGUCCCCAUCACGCUCCGUCUCCCUUUGAUCCGUCCAACCGUCUCUCCGUCGCUCCUUCGGCAGCUUGAACGAAGGAAAGGACACGACGAUAUCGGGUCCUUCCGUAUGAGCGCACGUUCGUGAAACAGCAAGCCGAAAGGAGCAAAGAGAGAAAGAGAGGCACGUUUAAGCCGUGCAUACCGUGGCACGACUAACCGAGGAGGAUCAGAGGAGGUAGGAAAUACGGGUUCGAACGGUAGGUGCAACGAGGACAAAGAAACGGUGACGAUGGCUUGGUGUGGGCGCGUGUCUGGCAGCUGCCGCUUACAGGUGGUGUGCUUGCUUGGGAACCAACCUCUACGGACCGUUCCCACGGAAGGCCUGUCCCCCACUAGGGACCCAGGCUGCAGCCCCUCGCCCCACCCUGCCGAAGGGCCCGUGACUAUAUAAGCAUCGGCCGCAGCCGACAGCCACCACAAUCACUGUGAUCGUUCACCGAGUUCGAGCAGGAGACGCGUCGGAGAUACGAGUCGAUACGUUUCCAGCGAAUUUCAGUGAACAACAUAUUUCGAACAGUUUCGAGACCGCUGCGUUACGCAAAAAGGGGCCCUGGUGUGACAAUCGAGGACGUCCCGGCGACAAGUGUGAUUAUUAUUGUCGCGAUAAAGUGAAAAAGUUCGUCGUUAUCGGUGUGUGAAGAUAACCAACCGAAGAAACCCAAGGGAUUAACAAGCAUGCAGAUGCACGAGCAGAUCAUGAUUGUUGACGGACAGGAGCAACCGAUCUCCAGGACCUAUCAGUACAGAAAGGUGAUGAAACCUAUGCUGGAACGGAAACGCCGAGCACGCAUCAACCGGUGUUUGGACGAGCUGAAGGACCUCAUGGUGACAGCGCUGGCCGGUGACGGCGAGAACGUGGCCAAGCUGGAGAAGGCCGACAUCCUCGAGCUGACCGUGCGUCAUCUCCACAAGCUGCAACGGCAGCAACGGCUUUCCGCGAAUCCGGUGAUCGACGCCGACCGCUUCAGAGCCGGGUACACGCAUUGCGCGAACGAAGUCAGCCGCUGCCUCGCCGCCACUCCCGGCGUCGACGUUGCUUUGGGCACAAAAUUGAUGACCCACUUGGGCCACAAGCUGAACGCCAUGGACAAAACCGGCCCUUUGACCAUCCACGUGGCCGCGCCGCAGUCCUCCCCGUCCUCGAGCAGCGAUCUCAGCUCCGACGAGUACUCGAUGCCUCUGACACCGGCCUCCAGCCAGCCCUCUCCCGUCCGAACGGAAAUCGAGAGCAUAUCCCAAGGUCACCAAGGCCUCCUGCAGGUCGCUAAACCCAACGAGCCGAUCUGGAGACCGUGGUAAUAAGGGAGGAGCCGGAGCAGAAUCGACGGGGGAGCCAUCGGUAAUAAAAUCCUGUCGACAAAGCUUCUUGAAAUAGCUGGUCGACCUGGCCGGGCCAUCAACCAGCAACCAUCGAGCUGGAAAUCGACACCGGUGUUGCAAUUUUGUCUGUGAUUCGAGCGAACUAACUCGCGCGCCCUCGAACAAAGGGAGAUCGUAAACGCGAAAGAAAUAAUCUCGGGUAGCCUCGGUCUCUCUCUCUCUCUCUCUCUCUCUCUAUCUAUCUCUCUCUAUCUCUAUCUCUCUCUCUCUCCGAUCCUCGAGAAGCUGCACGAGGAUUGUUUUUCUAAUUACGCCUACGGGGUGUGCAAAUACGGAUUCGUGAUCCGAAGAGGAAUAGACUUAAGAUUUCGUUUGCUUCGAAUUUGCUCAAGACCGCCACCUCGGAGUGAAGGAUCGUGGGGGUGCGGCCGGUCGACGGGAGAAAUUCUUUCGCCACGGUCCGCCCGGAUAUUAGGAAUUCGUUCGAACGAACCCCGAUGACCGCCGACAGCGGUGGACAACGUGUAGGAUCUCGAUGUAAUAAACGGUACGCUCGCGUAACGGCGCCGCGCGGCUGAAGCUUUAAUCCACUCUACAGAGAUGAUAUCUAUUCUUUAUUUCAUACUUUUUUUUUUAAUCGAGAAGUUUAUUUUGCCGAUUUCGGCGCGAGACCGCGUGACGAAACCGUCGUGGUUUUCCCGCGUCGACUCGCGCGCCGGUAGAGGAACGACCGACGGACGGGGAGGAACAAACCACCUUCGCUCGCGCCGAAAAUGUUGUUAUGUGUACAUAUCUCCUCGGUCGGCUGUAAUCAGUUUUACACGCUUGACACGCAUUCGAAUGUCCGAUAAUAUUGGCGCCUCCCGUUGGGAUUGUCGACGGGAGGAGAAAACGUGACCGAGUAGAGGAUCUUGUGAUAGAGAAACGUGUACCUGUGAUAUUUACUCUAGACCUAGAGAAAUGAUACUAGAUUUCUAAUAAACAUGUUUCAUUGAUCAAU